UGAAGUUGUCUGAUUUCAUUGUCUUUGCUUCCAAAUUUGUUUUAGAAUGACAUGAAAAGAAGUCGCGUUACCCAUUGGAAACAGAGGACGUCCGUGUACUAUUUAAAGACACUUUAACCCUUGAAAAAAUAUUUCAGACAUGAUGUUUUGGUUCAUGGAAGGGAUGUGUUUUUUGCCGGUUUCACUGGUCAUUUGGUCGUCCUCUUCUUUUAUAGUGUCAUAUAUUACGGCUUUACUUGAACGUCACGUAGAUCCGGUGUUCCCGUAUAUAAGUGACACAGGCACAGAACCUCCAGAAAGUGAGAUUUUUGGAAUAAUGAUUACGCUUGCUUCCUUUUUGGGCGUGGCUACAAUGUAUACGAGGUACAAGUUUUUGGAGACGUUAAAUGAAACUACACAUGCAAUUUCUACCAAACUGAACAAAUCGACACUAUUGUGUGGGAUAAUUGGCUGCUUGGGAAUGUGUGUUGUUGCUACCUUUCAGGAAACAGUUGUCACUUUAGUUCACGACAUUGGUGCCUUUAUUGCAUUUAUCAGCGGUGUCAUAUAUAUUUUUCUGCAAUCUGUCAUCUCUUACAAGAUGCACCCUUUAGGGAGCACUCAGAUAGUGUGUCACAUCCGGAUGGUCAUCUCAGUCAUUUCCAUAAUUGCUGUUGUCCCAAUGAUUGUGUGUGCUUUACUGGUGCCAAAAACACAGCUGCACUGGGAUCCAGAUGAAAAGGACUACCUGGUACACUUGGUGAGUGCAGUGUGUGAGUGGACAGUAGCCUUUGGCUUUGUCUGUUAUUUCCUGACCUACAUAAAAGAAUUUCAGAAAUUCACACUGAAGGCCAAGGCAGAGUUCAUUGAUUGUAACUGAAA